AUGGUUGGCGCGCUCGACGAGGGCAUGACCAAGAUCUGCGAGGAGCACGGCAUCCCCACCCUCUCAAUCGAGGCAAACUCCAUCAAGAACCGCGGCGCCGCCAACCUGCGCUUCGACUACUCGGCGUACAAGCGGAUGGCCGCGAUGAAGGUCCAGUUCUACUCCAACAUCCUCCGCCUCGGCUUCAACGUGUGGGCGUGCGACGCCGACACGGCUUGGAUGGCCCACCCGGCACCCUCGGCAAGAGAGGCCCCGUGCGGGGGAGGGGCGCAACGUCACAGCUGUCGGCGUGAGCAGGCACCCUUCGUCAACGAGUACCCCAUGCAGUACGUUGACAUCCUCACCACCACCGACUGCAUAGACGUCGAGGGCGACACGAAGGGCGGCUGCUGGCACGUCGACCACAACACGGGCCUUGUGUACAUGCGCGCGCGGCAGGGAGUGCUCGACUUCACUGCGGCGUGGAAGCAGAAGAUCGAGACGACGCGAGACGUCAUGAUCCGCGACCAGGCGGCGCUCAACCUGCUGAUGCGCGAGGGGUUCCGCUCCAAGGAGUGGGAGCCUCCGCCCGACCCGCAGGGCAGGACAAAGGCGCGCCCUAUCUACAAGGCGUGGAACGACAGGCUCAAGAUCGCGCGGCUGCCGCUGCGCUAUUUUGCAAACGGGCACACCUUCUUCGUGCAGCGCAUGUACGCGCGCAAGGAGGCUGACGGCUCGGACCACCCGCCGCCCUUUGCGCUCCACAUGACCUACCAGUACGGGGAUUCGUCCAAGUUUGCGUACGGCAAGCGGCAGCGGAUGCGCGAGGCUCGCGUCUGGUGGGUGGACCCGCCCUCGUACUUUAGCGAGGGGCGGUACCUCGCCGUCGCGCCCGAGGGCGCCGCGCUGCCGAUCGACACUCUUCCAAACAGCGUCACUACCGCCGAGGCCGCCGGCCGCUUCAACAAGGAGGAUUCGCACUUGCGCGAGACGUUGCGCGAUGCGCUGGGGCUUGCCACCGCCCUGAACCGCACGCUCGUGGGCGGUGCCUUUGGAAUGACUCUCCCCUUCGACUGCCCCGCCGACCACAUACUGCCGCUCGUCGGCUGGUUCGAACAGGGCGUCGCCUUUCGCGAGCCUGGCUUCUUGACCGAUCCGCGGCUCUCGCCCGACAUCAAGUCGAGCUGGGUGCGCGUGGACGCGCCGCCGAUGUCAGCCAGCCAGGCGCGCGACGCGCUGCGCCCGUACGAGCAUGUGCGCGUGCUCGAGUUCAAGUCCACCUUCCGAAAGUUUUGCGGCUUUGAGGACGCGACUGCGGGUGCCUCUUUUGAGCGGGUCGCAAAGGCGGUCGUGCCGUACCACCGCACCUUUUGCGCCGAGGAUUGGACGCCCGAGAGCUGCGUCGGCCCCCGCAAGGGUUGUGUGCCCUUUUAUGCGCCGUGCUGCCACGGCUCUCCCGGAAGGCACUUCCCGUGCGUCUACCUGAACAAGCCACCCGAUUUCAAGGGCCACGCCAUCAGCGACCGGCCAGCCUUUUGCCCAGCACCCGACCCGCACGGCUCGACGCCGGCGGUGCACGAGGAGCGCGUCGUCGACUACCCCGAUCUGUCGCCCAACCCGCGCUCGCGGCAGUUCCACAAGAUCGUCGACGACUUUCGGAAAAAACCGGGGCGGAAGAAGAGAUAG